CACCUACUUUUGUUAGCAAUGAACAUGGAAGGUAUAGUAGCGGUGUUAUUAUUUGAGAUAUAAUUAAUUAAAGAAAGAAGUAAAAAAAUAAUAAAGAGCAAAGCUUUAUUAUCUUUAUGAACAUGAAUGUCCACUGUGUAGAAACAGAAACAAACAACAUGAUCCAAAAAAAGAAAACAAAGAUGGCGCAAACACAUACUUCAUGAUUUUUCUGUCUUUACAACAACAAACGCUUUUUGCGCUUCAUUCAUAUUUUAUGUAACAAAAUCUGCAAUCAACACUACUUCAUUAGAAUUAUUCAUUAUUCCUUCAUAAUUUCUUGGAUAUGGUGACUUUGGAGCUUGAAACCGAUGAUGUAAGCUCGGAUAUAUACCUUUCACUCGGGCUUAAAGAUUUGGAUAAAGGUGUUGGAGUUCCGCGGGUUUUGUCACUUCUCUCAUCCCUUCUUGAGAGAUCAGUUCAGAAAAAUGAAAUGCUAGUAGAGACAGAGCAUAUAGAAGAUGUUGUUACAGUGUUUCAUGGUUUAAGUGCACCUACUUUGAGUCUUCGCAAGUACAUUGAUCGUAUCUUUAAGUACUCAGGUUGCAGCCCGUCCUGUUUUGUCGUGGCACACAUAUAUGUGGAUAGAUUACUUCAGAACACAGAGAUCAAAUUGACCUCACUUAAUGUGCACCGGCUUCUGAUAACCAGCAUUAUGCUAGCAGCAAAGUUUAUGGAUGACGCAUUCUUCAACAAUGCUUACUAUGCAAGAGUUGGAGGAGUAAAGACAUGUGAAUUGAACAGAUUGGAAAUGAGCUUUUUGUUUGGUAUAGAUUUUAGACUUCAGGUUAGUGUAGACACAUUUCAUAAAUAUUGUUGGCAAUUGGAGGAGGAAGGUCUAGAAACACUUCAAAUUGAAAGACCAAUGCAGGCUUGUAGAAUUAAAGAAAGUUGGUCAAACAAAGAUGACCCUUCAUGUGCUUCGACAAUUGCAAGAUGGUAGUGUGUAAGCACCACACAAUGUAUCAUUUCUGUUCCACAAUUAAAUGAAUUCAAAGAAAAAAGAUUGCUACAUACACGUCAUUAGUAAUUCAACCAUAUUUUUUUAAGGACACUUGUGAUUUGUUCUACUUCCAUUCCACUGUAACUUUUUCUGUUUCUUUCUUCCUGCUUUGCCCUUGUUUGUAAUUGCAAUCGUGUAAUUGAGUAGAGAUUGUGAUGAAACUUUCAUCCCUUGCGGUUUGUUUUGGUUUCCUAUAGUGCAUGUGGUUGUUACAUAGUCUUCCUUGAAAGCAAUAUAUCGUUUGAUAUUUUUCUGAUUA